GAGUGCAAAGCUCCCGGUUAGUCUCCAGUGAAGGCAGCAGGGAAGCAGCAAAUGGGAGUCGGGCUGAGUGGGUGGGUGCCAGGGCGCUAUGCUGGAGCGCUUGCCGUGCCCAUUGCUGCCCAAUGUUCGCUCCGAGCCGCCGCUGAAUGCUGAAUCCCGGGAGAGCUCAGGCUGCCGGAUCCGGACCGUAGGGCACCGCUCGGUGCAGAGAGGGAGUGCGGCCGGGGGGGUGUAAAGGGGACAAACAUGCAUCUUGCCUCCCGGCUGCUGGGACUAGUGAUUCUCCUGCGGGACUGCGCGUAUGGAGCGGCGCCACUGAGGGCUCCCCGGCUCUACCCAAGGCAAGCCAAGUUCCUAGAGAAGCUGGGGGCUUACGAGAUAGUGACCCCCACCAGAGUGAAUGAGCUUGGAGAAGCCUUUCCCAGCAACAUGCACUUCAAGAGGACGAGGAGGAGUGUCCCUAACAGUCGUGACAUUGACCCUUGGGCCGCCUCUAGGACUCAUUACAAACUGUCAGCCUUCGGCCAGCACUUUUUUCUCAAUCUGACUGCCAAUUCUGGAUUUAUGGCACCGGUUUUUACCGUUAGCCUGCAUGGGAAACCCAGGGGCAACCAAAGCAGCUACUACACGGACAACACUGACUUUCAGCACUGCUUUUUCAAUGGGCAUGUGAAUCACAGGGCAGAGCAUACGGCAGUCAUCAGCCUUUGUUCAGGGAUGCUAGGCACAUUCAAGUCUCAGGACGGGGACUAUUUCGUAGAACCGUUACUCUCCGACGACAGUGAAUAUGAAGAAGAACACAACAAGCCACACGUCGUCUACAGACACAACCCACCUCACAGAAACAUCUCAAGGGAAGAGCAGACGUGCCACACCGCAGAGCCAACGCACGCGUCAGACUCACACGCAAAGGGAGGCGCCCGACUGGAACAAAAUGACCCCCAUUCAGAUGACCAGGCCUUGAAUAAGGGCUUGUUAGGAACCCAGAACCCCCUAUUCAAUAAAGCAGAUAACGCCACUGGGACCCGGACCUUGCGAAGGAAAAAGCGCUUCCUGUCUUACCCUCGGUACGUGGAAGUGAUGGUGGUGGCUGACAACAAGAUGGUUGAAUAUCACGGCGCUAAUCUGCAGCAUUACGUUCUGACUCUCAUGUCCAUAGUAGCUUCUAUUUAUAAGGAUCCGAGCAUUGGGAAUUUAAUUAAUAUUGCCAUAGUGAAGUUAGCAGUGGUCCAUGAUGAACAGGAGGGCCCGGCCAUCUCAUUCAAUGCCCAAAGCACUUUGAAAAACUUUUGCAUAUGGCAGCAAUCGCAGAACAACCCGGACGACAAUCAUCCGUCGCACCACGAUACCGCCGUGCUCAUCACUCGACAGGAUAUUUGUAGGGCGCAAGAAAAAUGCGACACUUUGGGCCUGGCCGAACUGGGCACCGUGUGUGACCCCUACCGGAGCUGCUCCAUCAGUGAAGACAACGGGCUCAGCACGGCAUUUACUAUAGCACAUGAGCUUGGACACGUAUUCAACAUGCCGCACGACGACAGCAACAAAUGCAAAGAGGAAAGCGGCAAAAACCAGCAGCACGUCAUGGCGCCGACCCUUAACUUCUACACCAACCCCUGGAUGUGGUCAAAGUGCAGCCGGAAAUACGUCACGCAGUUUCUAGACACGGGUUACGGGGAGUGCCUGCUGGAUGAGCCAAUCUCUAGAACAUACACACUGCCUCAGCAGCUACCGGGGGCUUUGUACAAUGUCAAUAAGCAAUGUGAAUUGAUAUUUGGACCGGGAUCCCAGGUGUGCCCGUAUAUGCAAAUGCAGUGCCGGCGACUGUGGUGCAUCAGCAGCGAUGGGCAACACAAGGGCUGCCGGACCCAACACACGCCGUGGGCAGAUGGCACCGAAUGUGAGCCGGGGAAGCACUGCAGAUACGGAGUAUGUAUUCCUAAAGAACGGGACGUACAGAUUGCAGAUGGAUCUUGGGGGUCCUGGAGUCCAUUCGGAGCCUGCUCUCGGUCAUGUGGUGGUGGGAUAAAAACUUCCAUCCGUGAAUGCAAUAGACCCGAACCAAAAAAUGGUGGUAAAUACUGUGUUGGGCGUAGAAUGAAGUUUAAAUCCUGCAAUACGGAGCUGUGCGCCAAACACAAGAGAGACUUCAGAGAGGAGCAGUGCGCGGAUUUCGACGGGAAGCAUUUUAAUAUUAAUGGUCUACCUCCAAAUGUGCGCUGGGUGCCCAAAUACAGCGGCAUUUUAAUGAAAGACCGCUGCAAGCUCUUCUGCCGAGUAGCGGGGAGCACGGCUUAUUAUCAGCUCAGGGACAGAGUGGUGGAUGGGACGUCGUGUGGGCCGGACACUAACGAUAUCUGCGUGCAAGGACUGUGUCGGCAAGCUGGAUGCGACCAUGUCCUAAACUCAAAGGCCAGAAGGGACAAGUGCGGUGUUUGUGGGGGAGACAAUUCAUCCUGUAAAACAAUUGCUGGAACAUAUAAUAUAGUGCAUUACGGCUACAACUCCGUGGUUCGCAUUCCAGCUGGUGCUACUAACCUUGACGUUCGACAACACAGCUACUCAGGGAAGCCAGAAGAUGACAAUUACCUUGCUUUGUCGAACAGUCAUGGAGAAUUUCUUUUAAAUGGAGACUUUGUGGUCAGUAUGUUCAAAAGGGAAAUCAAAGUGGGAAAUGCGGUGAUUGAAUAUAGCGGGUCGGACAAUGCCAUCGAAAGGAUUAACUGCACGGAUCGCAUUGAGCAGGAAAUCGUUCUCCAGAUCCUGUCAGUUGGUAAUUUAUAUAAUCCAGACGUGCGGUAUACUUUUAAUAUUCCAAUUGAAGAUAAACCUCAGCAGUUUUACUGGAAUCCAUACGGGCCUUGGCAGCCCUGCAACAAAAUGUGCCAAGGGGAACGAAAGCAGAAACCAGUAUGUAUCCGGGAUUCUGACCAGCUAGUUGUUUCGGAUCAGAGAUGUGAUCGGAUCCCUCAGCCAGAGCCAGUAACAGAGCCAUGUAACACUGAAUGUGAAGUAAGGUGGCACGUGGCCAGGAAGAGUGAAUGUACAGUGCAGUGCGGCCUGGGAUACCGGACACUCGAUAUUCACUGCGCCAAAUACACCAGGGCCGACGGCAAGAAUGAAAAAGUGGACGAGAGGUAUUGCAGCCACCUACAGAAACCGCUCACUAAAGAGAAGUGUUCCGGAGACUGCAACACAGGAGGCUGGCGUUACUCUCCCUGGUCAGAAUGCUCCAAAAGCUGCGGGACAGGGACGAGAAGACGCAGGGCCAUCUGUGUGAACGCGUUGCACGAUAUUCUGGAUGACAGUAAAUGUGGGCAGCAGGAGAAGCCUACGGAGCAGCGCUGCAGCGAGUUCCCCUGCCCCCAAUGGAAAACCGGCGACUGGUCCGACUGCCUGGUGACGUGUGGGAAGGGGCACAAACAUCGCCAGACCUGGUGUCAGUUCGGAGACGACCGGUUACACGACAGGUUCUGCGACACCGAGACAAAGCCGGAAUCGGUCGAGGCCUGUGAGCAGCCGGAAUGUGCCUCCUGGCAGGUUGGACCGUGGGGGCAGUGUACGGCAGCCUGUGGCCCAGGAUACCAGAUGCGAGUAGUGAAAUGCGUGGUGGGCGCUUACAGAGCGGUCGUUGACGACAGCGAGUGCAAUGCUGCAACCCGACCAACGGACACUCAGGAUUGUGAAGCGGAUGCGUGCCCCGGCAUUCCCGAGACCAAGCAGAUCGUGCACAGCAGGACCCAGUGGCGCUUCGGAUCUUGGACCCCUUGCUCAGCGACUUGUGGGAAAGGAACCAGAAUGCGAUACGUCAGCUGCCGGGAUGAUCAAGGGUCUGUGGCGGACGAAGCGGCCUGCGCUCAACUACCAAAGCCGCUAGCGACCGAAGCGUGCUCUGUGACCCCUUGUGGCCAAUGGAAGGCCCUAGAGUGGAGUUCUUGUUCUGUGACUUGUGGCCAAGGGAAGGCGACGCGCCAAGUCAUUUGCGUGGAUUUCGCUGAUCAGACAGUUGACGGGAGUGAAUGUGACCCAGACGAUGUACCAGCAGUGGAACAGGAAUGCUCCAUGUCCCCAUGUUAUUACCUGAACCACGACUACAGCAAACCCAUUCAGACCGUCCCAAACACAGAUCAUCGGAUACGAUCUAAUCCCACUCUGGCCAUUCUAAACCGAAACACUGGCCGACCAGCCGGGUCAGGGGGCAGCCAGUGGCGAACAGGCCCUUGGGGAGCAUGCUCCAGUACCUGCGCCGGAGGAUUCCAGAGACGGGUCGUUGUGUGUCAGGAUGAAAAUGGAUAUCCAGCAAGUAACUGUGAUGAGAAAACCAAACCCAUUGAGCAGCGGUCCUGCGAAUCGGGAUCGUGCCCUCAGUGGGCAUUUGGAAACUGGGGAGAGUGUUCCAAAAAAUGUGGCGGUGGAACGAGGACACGACAGGUGGUUUGUCAGAGGUCCAACGGGGACAUAUUUAAUGAUCUUAGCUGUGAAAUUCUUGAUAAACCGCCGGAUCGUGAGCAGUGCAACAUGCACAGUUGCCCUCGGGAGACCGGGUGGAACAGUGGCCCCUGGAACGUGUGCUCUGUUUCCUGUGGUCGUGGCGUGAAGACGAGACCCGUGUACUGCGUGACUAAAGAAGGAGUGACCGUAGAGCCGGAGAACUGCAAGCACUUGGCCAAGCCCAACAUACAGAAAAAGUGCCGAGGUGGGAAGUGCCCGAAAUGGAAAGCUGGAGAAUGGGAAAAGUGCUCAGUAACAUGCGGGAGAGGAAUCCAGCAACGUGCCGUUCACUGCCAAGUGGGUGCCCAGAAGAUGAGCCGGGAGUCGGAGUGCCCCCAGCGUGCCAGGCCCCCGUCGGAGCAGUACUGCCAGGUCGCCGAGUGUCCGCUUUACACUUGGAAAGCUGAGGAAUGGCAAGAAUGCAGCAAGACUUGCGAUGAAGGCCUCCGCUACAGGAAAGCCAUUUGCCUGGAUGAAGACAAGAAGGAGGUUCCCCAGUCCCACUGCGAGGAGAACAAGAAGCCGCCGGAGGUGGAGAAAUGCAACGUGCAGUCCUGCGAGUUCCUGUGGAUCACGGGAGAGUGGUCGGAGUGUUCGGUGACGUGCGGCACGGGUUACAAACAGAGACUGGUGACCUGCAGUGAGGUCUAUUCGGCCAAAGACCACUAUGAAUACGGCUACCAAAGCUCCGCAAACUGCCCGGGGGAACAGCCGCCCACCGUCCAGAACUGCUACCAAGGGGAGUGUCCAAUAUCCGCCUCAUGGAGAGUCGGCAACUGGGGCAAAUGCUCCGUCACCUGCGGAUCUGGGGUCACGCAACGUUCCGUGCAGUGUCUGACCAAUGAGGAUCUGCCGAGCAACAUGUGCAGCGUGGAUCAGAAGCCGGAAGAGAAGAGGAUCUGCUACAGCAACCACGACUGUGACCUGCCGAGGAAUUGUCUAGAAGUGAAGAGGCUGAAACACGUCGGUGCGGACGGGGAACACUAUGUUAUGAUCCAAGAAAAAAUUAUAAAGAUAUACUGCGCCGGGAUGCAGUCGGAGAGCCCAAAGGAAUAUAUCACUCUACUCAGCGGCGAGGCGGAAAAUUAUUCGGAAGUCUAUGGUUACAGGUUACAGAACCCCACGGAAUGCCCGUAUAACGGAAGCAGAAGGGAAGACUGUCAGUGUAAGAAGGACUACACCGCCGCCGGCUUCUCCACCUUCAGUAAAGUGAGGCUGGAUGUGGUGACGCUGCAGAUAAUUACCACCGAUUUGCACUUUGCACGAACGCAGGAUGGGAGGCCGGUACCGUUUGCCACAGCCGGAGACUGUUACAGCGCAGCAAAGUGCCCCCAGGGUCGUUUUAGCAUCAACCUUUUAGGAACUGGCCUAUCGAUAUCAGAAACAGCAAAAUGGAUGUCACAAGGGAAUUAUGCAGUGACGGAAAUAAAAAAAUCACCGGAUGGAACCAAAGUGACGGGAAGAUGUGGCGGUUACUGCGGGAAGUGUGUCCCAUCCUCGGCAACUGGUCUUGGCGUUCACGUGUUAUAGAACUGGUCCAUAAACAAGAAGAAGCAAUGAGACAGAUGAAGAGCCGCGUUGCAAUACCUCUACGUUCAGCGUUUGUACAUGUGUAAAUAUCGCUAUGUAAACCAAAUGAUGUAUAUUAUAUUUAUGUCUGAAAUUAUUUAUUUUGACUAAAUAUUUGUUUGGGUUAAAAAAGAAAAAAAAAGAAAAAAAUGUUCCUUUUUCGAGCCCUCCCGGAUGUGUCUCCAGUGGAACGCAUUACUGGAUCUCCCAUCAGCGAACGUGUCUUUUUAUAUAUCUAUAUCUGUAUAUCCUUGCAGUCCACCCACUGCGUUUUACAUACUCUACAUCAUAUGUAGCAUAUUGACCGGAGUGAUGCGUUGUUGUCACGCUUUAUAAUUGUUUACCGCCAAUAAGUCAUUUCUCCAGCUGUAAAUGUCUUAUCGCCUGUUCAGGUGCUGUUCUCGCUGCGUCGGGCGUUCGGCGAGAGAAAAUGACCUUAGUCUAGAGGGGUGGGCGCUGCAUUCCGUUCUGCCCUUGGGGGUUACCAUAGUUACGGCAAGCUUACAAUGGCAGCUAUCCUCGGAUGCCCCUAAUGCCGGGCAAGUCCUUGUCUAGAGGAACCAGUAGAUAUGUCUGUUUUUAUAAUGGUUAAUUAAGGAUUUAACAAGAACUUCUAAGAACAGUGUCCAUCUUGAAAUGUCUUAUAUACAGGUAUGGGAUCCCUUAUCCGGAGACCCGUUAUCCAGAAAGCUCCCAAUUACGGGAAGGCCAU